CCAGGCUGUCCAUGCUAUUGCUUCGAGCAAGCAAGUUAGAAUUGGCUACUCACCUCGUCGCCGCCAAGCAGAGCAGAGUAGAGCAGAGCAGAGCAGCCCUCCAGAUCCUAGCGAUCCAACGUCUUGUGCAACUAUGGCUUCCAACGUGGAAGACCCCGGACAAAAGUCCACCAAAAGCGUUACCCUCGACGUCGACCCUCCUGCUGCAGCAGCUGUGGGCAAUAGCACCUCCACCAAUGCAAGCGCAGAUGCCGAGAAUGAGGAAGGCGAAGUUGAGCGCAAGCAUGUCGACGACGAGCUCGCCGCCAUGUUCGGCGGCAUGAAGAAGAAGAAGAAGGCGUCGAAGAAGACUCAGUUCGCAGUCGAUCUCGAUAACCUCCCCGCGCGGAGAGACUUUCAGGCACCGACGACUAUUGCGGGGGACAAGGCCAAGAAGGAGGAAGCUGCAGCGGCUGCCGCAGCGUCAGCAGCAGCUACUGCUGAGCCCGCGAGCCCGGCAGGUGUCGCAGCGGCCGAGGGAAUGGAAGAUGGCGAUCUGAACUUCGGAGAGCUGAAAAAGAAAAAAAAGAAGGGAAAGUCAACCAAGCUAGCAGAAUUUGAGAAGGAGCUGGCCGAGGCCGAGGCAGCAGCUGCUGCCGAGGAAGAGGAUGAGGAGGAGGGCGGCGCAGGUGACGAGGACGAGGGCGCCAACGGCGAAGAUGUCGUAGAUCGGACAGCUGAGGGAGACCUGGGCGACAACCCAUUUGCGCAUGACGCUGGCGCCGACGCGGGAGGUGCCGGCGCCGGCGCUGGCAUCAACGACAAGCCGGACGACCAACAGGCCUGGAUCGGCUCCGAGCGUGACUACCACUACUCGGAGCUUCUCGGGCGCAUCUUUAAGACUCUGCGCCAACACAACCCGGCGCUCAGUGGGGACAAGAAGAAGUACACAAUCGUUCCGCCAAGCGUGCAGCGCGAAGGCAGCAAGAAGACCAUGUUUGCCAACUCUCUGGACAUCUGCAAGCGCAUGCAUCGCGAGCCAGAGCAUGUCUACUCGUUCCUCUUUGCUGAGCUGGGUACCAUUGGCAACGUCGACGGUAGCCAGCGACUCAUUAUCAAGGGCCGCUUCCAGCCCAAGCAGAUCGAAAACGUGCUGAGGAAGUACAUUGUUGAAUACGUCACAUGCAAGACCUGCAAGUCGCCCAAUACGAUCCUCUCCAAAGAGAACAGAAUCUAUUUCAUGACCUGCUCCACCUGCGGCUCCACACGUUCCGUCAGCGCCAUCAAGACCGGUUUCCAGGCCGUCACUGGCAAGCGUUCCAAGCUGCGUGCAGCAGCCUAAAAAGAUGCGGAAAUAGAACAAAAGGAAGCAAGACAGUCUUACAUCUUCCGUUGUUACUCAUUCCCCUGUCAUGCUUGCUGUACUGUCAUUCUUUACCUAUUGCAUGUUCAUGCUGUUUAGUGC